AUACGUCACUACUCCAUCUCGUAUUAAAUUAUAUAUCUUUUUACAUUUUAAAGCAAAAUUUACAAAAUGAUUACCGGACGUGCGUUGCAUUUCGUAUUCAAAGUUUCCGAUAGGUCCCUUACAGCCAAAUUCUACAGAGACAUCCUUGGAAUGAAGGUACUGAGACAUGAAGAAUUCAGUGAAGGCUGUGAAGCUACCUGCAAUGGACCAUAUGCAAACAGAUGGAGCAAGACCAUGGUAGGCUAUGGUCCAGAAGACACACAUUUUGUAGUAGAGCUCACAUACAACUAUGGUGUCACAGAAUAUGAACAGGGCAAUGAUUUUCUUGGCCUCACCAUACAAUCUAGUGAAUGUCUAAGACGGGCUGCAGCAAUGAACUGGCCAGUUAAGGAGGAAAAUGGCAACAAAUUCUGUGAAGCACCUGGUGGCUACAAGUUUUAUAUAAUAGACAAGCCACAACCUACUAACACAGACCCAGUACAAAAAGUGUCCCUGGCCAGUUCAAACCUGGCGAGGUCCAUCGCCUACUGGAACGGUCUACUAUCUCUAAAGAUAUUCGAGCAAACAGACAAGACUGUUCUUCUGGGCUUCAGUGAGGACCAGGCUAAACUCGAGCUGGUUGAUAUUGGCGUUCCAGUAAACCACGCAAAGGCAUAUGGGCGUAUCGCCUUCUCCUGCCCUUUUGAACAACAACCAAUAAUCGAUAAGAAAAUCCAAGAAGCUGGAGAGAAAAUUCUAACCCCUCUGAUUUCACUGGACACUCCCGGCAAAGCUACAGUGAGAGUGAUAAUUUUAGCUGACCCUGACGGCCAUGAAAUAUGUUUCGUUGACGACGAGAGUUUCCGCCAACUUUCCCAAGUAGACCCCGGCAGUGACGCCGAGUUAGAUAAAUACAUUAAGUCUGAUAAGUCCAGACCGAGGAACGAAUGAAUUUACGAUAUCAUAUCAUUUAUUAUUAUUGUUAUAUUACCAUUUCUGCAAUUUUACUUCAUUUCUGGAUUUCGCAACCAUGCUAAGUAUAUUAUAAAUUAUCGCUUUACAGUACUGCAAAUUUAGUCUGUGCGUUACAAGUUUACAAAGGUAACAGUUUGUAUACAUCGACCAGAAACUAAAAUACAUAUAAUUAAAUGUAAAUCGUGAUAGUCUUAAAAAGAAACG